GUGCGACAUACUGGAGAAUGACGCGCUCUCAUUUGAUGAUUUAUCGUGUGUUGUCAGUGUUAAUUCGUAAUGUAAGUAUGUUAACUUGUGAAUAUAAGUGUAAAAAUGUAUAAACAAGCGCUAAAAAAUAGUGAGUUAUUAUCGGUGUUAAAAAAUUUCUAAUUUAAAAAUAAUAAUCAUUUUAAAAUAAAUAUCCUGCUCCAGAUCAUCGUAUCCUAGGUAGUACAAGAACUGAAAAAUAAUUUUUGGUUGCCAGUAUACCUGUAGUCGUUGCACUGAUCAGUCGAUAGUUUUGUGAUAAAUUAUUUCUCAAGUGAAUUAAAUUAUUAACCAUGGGACGUGAUUCUAGAAAGGUUUCAAGAGAACUUCGGAGUUCUGAAAAAAUUAAUAAGUCGCGUUCAGUCAAAAGAAAGAAUGUUUUUAAUCCGAAAACAGCCGAACGUGAUGAAAGUAUUCAGAGUACAUCUUCUAAAAAAUUAAAACAAAACACUGAAGAUGAUGUACCUGAAGACAGCAGUACUGAAUUUCGAAUAAUAAAUUUUAUUCAGGUAUUCACUGCAAUUUCUGCUCUUAUAAAAUGUAAAAAAUGUGAUGGAAAUGUAGUGUUUCAAACAGCAAGUACACGUGGGCUGGGAUUCAAAAUUGUAGUUGCAUGUAAUAACUGUGGAAAUGAAUAUAUUCCUUCCUGUUCUUUCGUUGGGCAUUCUUAUGAAAUAAACAGACGUUUCAUUUUUGUAAUGAGAAUACUAGGAAUAGGAUACGAAGGAUUGUGCAAGUUUUGCGGCCUGAUGGACAUGCCGUCUUUUUUAGAUAAAUCUACGCAUACAAUUUUACUGAAACAGAUUUUGAAUUGUAGUAAAGCCGUCGCAGAAACCUUCAUGACGAAAGCUGUGAAUGAAGAAAAGCAAGCAAUGCCAACAACUGAAAAUGAAGAUAUAAAUCAUCUAACUGUAUCGGGAGAUGGAACCUGGCAAAAACGGGGAUAUACAUCGUCAUUUGGAGUUUCUUCUAUAAUUGGCUAUUUUACUGGAAAGAUUCUUGACAUAAACAUUAAAAGUGCAUAUUGUAAGCUAUGUGAGUAUUGGAAAAAAAAAACAAAUACUGUUGAGUUCGAGGAAUGGUAUCAAUCGCAUGAAGAUGUGUGUUCUGCUAAUCAUCAAGGGUCUUCUGGGAAAAUGGAGGUGGAUGCGAUGGUCGAAAUGUUUUCGUAUUCUGAAACUAAAUAUGGAGUUAAGUAUGCCAACUAUAUUGGUGAUGGUGACUCCAAGACCUAUUCAGGAAUUAUAAAAUCAGAUCCUUACGAAAAUACAACUGUAAAUAAAAAGGAAUGUAUAGGGCAUGUCCAAAAGCGGAUGGGGAGUCGAUUACGUACGCUGAAGAGUAAACAAAAAGGUCUUGGUGGUCGAGGUAAGCUCACAGGAAAAUUAAUAGACAAACUAACUGUGUACUAUGGUUUAGCAAUACGCCGGCAUUGUGAUUCUAUUGAAAAUAUGAAAUCUGCUAUAAUGGCAACCUUUUAUCACUACGGCUCGAGUGAUGAAAAACCGAAUCAUGAUAUGUGUCCAAAAGGCGAAGAAUCUUGGUGCUCUUACCAGCGCGCUGAAGCAAGAGGAGAGCUUGAUACCUUUUCUCACGAUUAUUCUCCUUUACCUUCUGAUGUUUUAAAAGCUAUCAAGCCUAUAUACGAAGAUCUUAGUAAUGAAAAUUUACUUUCAAGAUGUGUAGGUGGAUUCAAUCAGAAUAAUAAUGAAAGCUUUAACCAACUAGUAUGGAAAAUAUGCCCAAAAACGGUAAAUACUAGUUUUACCAUCGUACAAAUAGCUGCAUACGUUGCUAUGUGUAUAUUUAAUGAGGGUAUAAAUUCAUUAUUAGUCUUGAUGAAUACACUAGGACUUAAUUGUGGGCCUAAUUCUCAUCGGUAUGCAGAAAGAAUGGAUGCUGCACGUAUCAAAGUAGCAGAUAAGCGCGCUAAUGAUAACACCCGAGAAGGUCGAUUGCAACGUAGGCACCAGCAAAUCGAUAUUUUGGAAGCUGCUAUGUCGGCUGAAGAGCUAUUAUAUGGUCCAGGAAUAGAUGACUCAGUAUGAAUCUCCAAGGACUUAUGAUGAUCACCGCAAAGGACUUCGGGAGGAACGGGCUCUACAAAAACAGCGAUAACUUUUUGAAUUAUUAAUUUUUUUUUUUGAAAUUUUCGUGAAGUCAAAUCGAAACGUGUUCUAAUAAAGCUAUGUUUUUAUUUUUGUCAAAUAAAGUAAUUAACUACAAAAAAAAAAUUAUUGAAAAUCAUCAUUUUUUCAUACCCCUGAG